AAUUUAGCAAUGGAAAUUAAAGUUGUAAGCCAAAAAUCAAAAAAACCAAUCGGUACUUUCACCGUUGGUGAUAAAGCUACUCUUUUAGAUCUCAAAAACCAAGUUAAAUCAAAGACUAAGCGUAGUAUCGAUAGAAUUAGACUUUCAAUCCCAAAAAGUGGAUCAAGCAAUUUAUUUGAAGGUUUAACCAACAAUAAAGAUUUAGUUAGCAAAUUCGUUGGUAAUGAUGGUACCAUUUACUAUAAAGAUUUAGGUCCACAAAUUUCAUGGACUUUAGUUUUCGUUUGUGAAUAUGCAGGUCCAUUAUUUGUUUAUCCACUUUUCUAUUUCCUUCCAUCAAUCUUCUAUGGCAGUUAUGCUAAUACUGAAAAAACUCAAGUACAAAAUAUUGCCUUAAUUUGUUAUUCAUUACAUUAUAUUAAAAGAGUUUUAGAAACUCUUUUCGUUCACAGAUUCAGUAAUGGUACUAUGCCAAUUUUCAAUCUUUUCAAGAAUUGCUCAUAUUAUUGGGGUUGCACUGCUAUGGUUUCAUAUUUUGUUAACCAUCCACUUUUCACUCCACCACCAAUGGAACGUGUUUAUAUUGGUCUUGGUCUCUUUAUUUUUGGUGAAAUCUCCAAUUUAAUUUGCCACAUUAUGUUAAGAAAUCUUCGUCCAGCUGGUUCAACCGAACGUAAAAUCCCACGUGGUUUCUUAUUUGAAUUAGUUUCAUGUCCAAACUACACUGUCGAAAUUCUUUCAUGGAUUGGUUUCUCAAUUUUAACUCAAACUCUUACCUCAUAUAUCUUUACUUUAAUGGGUGCUGCACAAAUGUGGGUUUGGGCUGUUGGUAAACAUAAGAGAUAUAGAAGAGAAUUUGGUGAUAAAUACCCAAGAUCAAGAAAAAUCCUUAUUCCAUUUUUACUUUAAAUUAAACAUUAAAAAAAAAAUAAAAAUAAAAUUAUUAAAUUUAAAAUUU